AUGGCGUCUGGAAUUGGAGAAGCUGUUGUAGGAAAAGUUUUUGGGAUCGCCGUUGAGAUGGCUGUUCAGAAACUAACUGAGGAGGCAAAGGUGCUGGUGAAUUUCACACAAGACUUCGGAUGGCUAAACAAGAAACUCACAUAUGUGAGGGGUUUUCUGAGAGAUGCUGAUCAACAGUCUCGACAUAACGAGGAUGUCAAAAAAUGGCUGGAAAGCAUUCGUGAUUUUGUAUUGCAUGCAGAGGACAUCUUUGAGGAAUGUGCUGUAGAAUCCAUGUAUGGAGAUAAUGCUCAAUCUUGUAGGUUGAGUCGUAAUCAAUUGAUUUUUCGCUGGAGGUUGGGGCGGAAAAUUAGGGGCAUGAAGAACCGCAUGAGAUCUAUUAUUGAAGAUGGCAAGGAGCUGAAUCUAUUGCAUGAAGUUUGGUCUGCAAAUGAAGCAUCACCCACUACAUCUCAAAGUGGAGACUGGAAGAAAAAUUAUCUUCUGCCCAGCGAUUCACACCUUGUGGGAAUACAAUCCAAAAUUGAUGGCAUUCUCAGCUUGUUGGACAACAAUGCCUCUCCAGUUAUUGCUGUGGUUGGGAUGGGGGGCCUGGGCAAGACCUAUCUUCUUCAGCAUGUUUACAAUAUGAUCAGAGAAAGGUAUGAGAUAUCUAUAUGGCUCUCAGUCUCUCAGUCCUAUUCUAUUUCCAAGUUGCAAAACAAUUUAGCGUUUCAGUUAGAUGAAAGUUUAAAUAAACAGGUUAAAGAUAGUGGAGUAAGUGAGCAGCUAGCAGCACAAUUGAUUAAUGAAAAGUUGCAAGGGAAAAGAUGGCUUGUGGUGUUAGAUGAUGUGUGGAGGGCUAGCAGAGAAGAUGAUUUGUUAGCCAGACUUGGCCUCCCAAGUGGAAACAAUAACCCAUGCAAAAUUGUUGUUACCACAAGAAGUAGAGAGGUUUGCACAAAUUUAAAUGCUGAAAUUUAUGAGAUGCACCAUUUGUCUGAUGAAGAUAGUUGGAAGCUGUUUUGUGUUUAUGCAUUUGAGGGAUCUGAAUCACAGCAGCAUCUGGAAAAGGUGGGUCGUAAGAUUGUAAAGCAAUGUGGAAAUUUACCACUCGCUAUCAAAACAGUAGCCGCAUCUCUGGCGAAGAAGACAAUGCCAAAAGACUGGGAGUCCAAGCUUCAUGAGCUUGAAGGAGUUGUUGCUACCGAUUUUCAUGAUCGGAUCAUGCCUAUUCUUAGGUUGAGUUAUGAUUCAUUGCCUGCACGGGAAGGUCUUAUUCCAGCAGGGGAGGGCCAGUGGGAUGCGGCAUGGGACUGUUUAUAUCAACUUGAAAAUCUAUGUCUGCUUCAACUAUGGGAACAAGUGGUAUCCAGAGAAAGUAAAUGUGUGUUUUCUCUUGAGGAAGCCUCUACAGAUGCAACUAGUGGCUGGUGUCGGAUUAUACUGGCCAAGAAAAAUAUAAAUGACGACGAUAAUUCGAAGAGUCGUCCUGUUUGUCUCCGCACAUUCUCAUUGUCACAGAAUCGGAGGAUUAAAGGCAUUCCGACAAAUUUGUUUCCCGCCAUGAAAGGACUGCGCGUUCUCGAUUUGAGUGGGACAUGCAUCUCCACAUUGUCUGAGAGCAUUGGAAAGAUGAAACUCCUCAAAGUAUUGAAUUUAAGAGAUACAUAUAUUGAGGAGGUACCAAACUGUGUGAGACAUCUAAAAAGUCUCUUGUUUUUUUCUCUACCUUGGAGAUGUAAGAAGUUACCAGUAUGGAUAAAUGAAGUUAAAUAUCUUCAACAUUUAGAGUGUGAGCGGGUUAGUCGAAUGCCAAAGGGAUUGUCAGUGCUGGUGUAUUUGAGAACACUGCAAUCAGCAAAUUUGGAUCUAUCCGUUGAAGAGGACGAAUUCAUGAGGUUACAGGAUUUUGCCAAUAUGACUCAACUUCAGGAACUAUGGUUAAAUGUUAACCAUGAAAUGGAGUGGAAAGGGGUGGAAGAAGGGAUCCUUGUGCAGAUGGUGAAGAUGCGUCGUCUAGUAAUUGAGAACCGUACAUCAAAUGCAUGGGAAUUUCCGGAGAAGAUGAAAGCCAUGAAACAUCUAGAAAGUCUUACAGUAUGGAAUUUUGCAGUGCCAAGUUGGAUAUGUGGUUUGGCAAAUUUGAGGGACCUCGAAUUAGGUUGGUGUAAUUUUAGUGAUUAUCUGGAGUUGCAAAAAAUGCCCAACCUAGUGAGGUUGGUGUUGUGGAAAACAAAGAAUAAUGGGCGUGAAGAAUUGCCAAAGGUGUUUGGAAAGGUGGGAGGGUUUCCAUGCCUCAGAUUCUUAAAAAUUCAUUUCUUUUAUGAAUUAGAGGAGUUUCCAGAAUUGGUGGAGGGGGAGAUGGCAUGCCUUGAGGAGUUACGUCUAUCCUAUUGUAAGAAAGUGAAGAAAGUGGCAUUGGAGCCGUUGAAAAGACUCAAGCUCUUCGAUUGUCGCGAAUCAGGAACCGCUGAAUUCAAGGAGACAUUAAAGGAAGGCGGACCAUAUUGGCAAACAAUCAAAGCCAUCAAUCCUCAUUUAGCUAUUAGAUUAGAUUGA